AUGAGCAGUACAGGUGAAACAGCAGAGUUAAUAGAUGCCCACACAAAGUGGUCUCCGCUCCUACACACACUUACAUUAGAGAGUGAAGGAGAUGAUGGGGCUUCCAUCGCAUUAAUGAUAGUCGCUCAUGUCACUUAUCGCAGUACAUUACUGCAGCGUACACUACGGCGUUGGCAUCAUCGUCUCUCUACAGUAUUAGAAACAGAACAACAACAAACUUAUCUUGCCUUAUCGUGGUUUGCCCAACGGCGAUUGUUUCGUUUUUUUCGUGCCUGGCAAUGGCGUUAUCAUCAACGAUCUCAUCAGGCAAAGAUAAGAAUUCAAGCGGCUUCACACUACACAUCUAUGCAGAGUCGACGUGUUUUUUCUGCAUGGCGAGAUUGGACAUCUCAACAAGGAAUACGACGAACACAAAUAACAUCUAUGAUAGAGAGAAACCAUAGAAAUAUACGGCAAUUAUAUUAUCAACGAUGGUGUUGGCGUGCGAUGUGUAUAUGUAGAGAAAAGAUAUUACGGAAAGAAACCCAACGGCGAUGUUUACAUUCUCAAUGGUGUAAAUGGCAUUGGAUGACACUUUAUGAAAAGUCAAAUCAACUCCGUCUUGCUGUAUUAAUGAUACAUACACCAUCCGCUUGGUUGAGUUCUAUACAUAUUUCUCCAUUAAUGCGAUUAGUAUGGAUGAUCCCACAGAAGAUAACAUCUCAUGUAGAGAGUAAAGGAGAUAUAAUAUCAAACAAACAACAACAACAACAACAACAACAAGCUUCAUCUCUUUAUAUAGAUAACACAUUAAUAGGAUCUUCUCUCUGUAUGGAAUUAGCCAUGCGUUAUUAUUGGCUGCAGUGGCUACGUCAUACUGCAUAUCAACGUGCCGAUCGUCUACGCCGUUAUGCAGAUAAUGUUCAAUCUAUACAACGUACACGAAAUUACACCAUAAUGCUUACAUCUUAUCAACGAUGGAUUAUGCAAACCGCCAGCACUAUUCACAGUAAACGUAUAAACUGUAUCUUCACUGGUAUAUACUUUAACAAGUGGUAUUCUUUCCAUAAACGUGAAGUCGCAUGUAAAGAAUUCAUUCAUUCACUACAAAAACGCCGUAAAGUAUUUCUUCUACAAAAAUGGAUUCAACAUACACAAUGUCGAUUACAAUGUGCACAACAUGUGGCUACGGCGGAUUUCUUUUACAAUACUUUUAUCAAAUCUCAACAACGCCGUGUGUGUUUAAAUGGCUGGCGACGUCGUUUGAGUGAACGGCGGCGGUAUAGAGAACUGUGGACUGCGGCUCGUGUGAGGCGAUUGGAGUUAAUGCGGGAUGUUGCCAUCACUCGUCUUCUUCACAGUGUACUAAUUCAACCCUGGCAGGGUGGGAAGAUGAGAAAUAGUGAAGAGCACAUGUUAUUAUUAUCACAACAACAAGAAGAAGAAGAUGAUGAUGUUAAGGAAAUACAUAGAUCUACUAUUAAUCCUUCUACUACUACUACUACUACUAAUAAUAAUAAUAAUAAUAAUAAUAAUAAUAAUAAUAAGAGUAGAGCUGCGGUUGGAAUAUCAAUGGAUGGAGGAACUAUGCCAUUGUUGAACUCUGCAGAACAUAGAAGUGUAAAAGAUCCCGCAGCCGCAUUUAAACACCGUCUUUUUAUUCAAUCGCCCGCUAUUCCACUCACUGCCCGUACAGUACAGACACACACAAGAACAAUAUUAACAACAACAACCGCACAACAACAACAACAACAAGAGAAAGAAAAAGAAGAAAAAGAAAAACAACAUAGAAGUAUAGAAAAAGAAGAUACAUUACCUGUGAUGGAUACACAUACCAUAGGCCCUUCUACUAUUGCCAGUACCUGUUAUCAAGAUACACCACUUGCACAUAUUACGGUUCCAACCUCUACGGCUUUUAUGAAUACCUCUUCAGAGUCUUUAUACUCACUUCCAUCUGUUUCUCUCUCAGAAGGGAAACAUCUUCUUUUGGCAUAUCGUACAAUGUUAGCAGCUGCCCCUUCUGAACGGGAGGAGAUGAACAUUCUAAAGGAGAAACUAAGACUUUGUACUCUACAGAAAGAAACAGCCCUUGCUGCUCGUAGUAGUAGUGAUAAUAAUAAUAAUAAUAAUAAUAAUAAUAAUAAUAAUAAUAAUAAUAAUAAUAGUAAUGGUGUGGUUUCAUUUUCUACUAUAGAACAAACAGAGAUGCAGUUGAAACAACGUCUUCUCGUACUGCGGCAGCGAGAGUUGGAUCGUCAGGCAUUACGUGCACGAGUUGUGCAACUCUCUAAACAAUUGGAGGCUCUUCUCCAUUCUUCUACUGCAUCUUGUAAUGAACUUCAAUUAAAUGACUAA